AACACCAAUGACCACAGAUUGGUGGGUUAACUGAUUCUGUUUUUCUUUUUUCCAUUAUCAAAAGAAACCAUAUUUUCACAGAACUCUUAUAUAUGCAUCGAGCACAAUAGACAAUAAAUUCAUUUGAUCACAAGACAUGUCCUUAUUCAGUGCAUUUUUAUUUGUAGCCCUCUUCAACCUCUUCACUACACUACCAUUUGCAUUUGCAGAGGUUGUUGUUUCACCCAUUGUUGAUGUUUCAACACUCAAUCGAACAAGUUUUCCAACAGGUUUCAUUUUUGGGACAGCAUCCGCAGCAUACCAAUAUGAAGGUGCUGCAAAAGAAGGUGGGAGAGGUGCAAGUAUGUGGGACAACUUCACUCAUCAGUAUCCAGAUAAGAUAAAAGAUAGAAGCAGCGGAGAUGUUGCAGUUGACCAAUAUCACCACUAUAAGGAAGAUAUCGGAAUCAUGACAAAUAUGAAUUUGGACGCUUACAGAUUUUCAAUCUCGUGGUCUAGAAUCCUCCCAAAAGGAAAACUCGAUGGCGGUAUAAACCAAGAAGGAAUCAAAUAUUACAACAACCUCAUCAAUGAGCUUUUGGCUAAUGGUUUACAGCCAUUCGUAACUCUAUUUCAUUGGGAUAUUCCUCAAGCUUUAGAGGAUGAAUACGGUGGCUUCUUAAGCCCUCACGUUGUAAAUGAUUUUCGAGAUUAUGCGGAACUUUGUUUCAAAGAGUUUGGAGAUAGGGUGAAACAUUGGAUUACUUUGAACGAGCCUGUGACUUAUAGUAAUGUUGGCUAUGCAGUCGGAGUUUUUGCACCUGGUCGAUGUUCUAAAUGGUUGAAUUCAAAUUGCACUGGUGGUGAUUCAGGGACAGAGCCCUACUUGGUUUCACAUCACCAACUUCUUGCUCAUGCAAAAGUCGUAGAAGUGUAUAAGAAGAAAUAUCAAGAAUCUCAAAAGGGUAUAAUAGGUAUAACCUUGGUGACUAGCUGGUUCAUUCCAUUUUCAAAUAGCAAAUUAGAUCAAAUGGCAGCUGAACGAGCAAUUGACUUCAUGUUUGGAUGGUUUAUGGAUCCACUGACAACAGGGAAUUAUCCAAAAAGCAUGCAUUCCUUGGUUGGAAAACGAUUGCCAAAGUUUUCUAAAAAACAAAAAAGGCUACUCAAAGGCUCAUUUGAUUUCCUUGGACUAAACUAUUACACCUCUAAUUAUGCUUCUAAUGUACCUCAUCUUAGCAAUGCUAAUCCUAGUUACACCACUGAUUCUCAUGCCAAUCUUACAACUGAGCGCAAUGGGGAUCCCAUAGGUCCAAGGGCAGCUUCAAAUUGGCUAUUUGUAUAUCCGAGAGGAAUUCAUGAAUUGUUACUCUAUAUAAAAAAAAAGUACAACAAUCCUUUGAUUUACAUCACCGAAAAUGGUGUCGAUGAAUUCAACGAUCCAACACUAUCAUUAGAAGAAGCUCUUUUAGACACUUUUAGAAUUGACUAUUAUUAUCGUCAUCUUUUUUAUAUUCGAUCUGCAAUCAGGAACGGCGUAAAUAUAAAAGGAUAUUUUGCAUGGUCAUUGUUGGACAAUUUUGAAUGGGCAUCAGGCUAUACAGUGCGUUUUGGAAUCAAUUUUGUAGAUCACAAAAAUGGUCUCAAAAGAUAUCCAAAGUUGUCUGCAAAAUGGUUCAAGAGUUUUCUCAAAAGAGAUUAGACUUUAUAUAUAUGCUUGAUAUGUUUCCAAUAAAUAGUUUAAUAAAACGUAUCAAGCAAAUGUAACUUAAUGGAUUUGUGGUGGUUCAUUCUUAAACAACUAUGUUACUUUAGUAACACAUACAAUUUCAGUUUCACUUGCAUGUAGAGAUUGAAAUGAAAAUUAAAUGUUCUCAAUAAUGAAUCAAUUGAGUAGUUCUUGUAAGUUUAAAAAUAAUUGUAAACACCUAUUGAAAUCUUAUUAAUAUGACUAUAUCUCGACUAUCA